CUGCUCCCGUGCCUGGUGCGUCGCACACAGAGUGCCGCUCCCGCAUUCAACGUCUGGCCGCCGCCAGUCUUCUCGCCCACCACACCUUCGCUUCUCGCCGCCGUCCCCGUGCUUAGCUCCACCAACUCUUUCUCCUUCACCUGCGCGCGCCUCUCCGCAAUGUGCGUGCCCAAGGCCAACCACCGGCGCCUCAUCGACGAGUGCUACCCGCCGCCGAAGCAGCUCGCCGCCGCCGCACCCGACUUCAAGCCCAACAGCAACGAGCUCAGCCGCCUCGCCUACUACGCCAAUGCCAAGCCGGCCAAGCUCACAAAGGUGCUCACCGUGCUGCAGGCCAAGGCGACGGCGAGCGCCCGCGGCCUCGGCGGCAGCGGCGCCGCGGCGGACAAGAGCAAGGCCGGCCUCAUGAUCACCCUCGGCGUGCUCAAGCAGCUCAUUCUCGACUGCCGCUCGCACCUCUCCUACUUUGCGCCUGCGGCUCAGGCCAUCAUUUCGACCGCGCUCGAUGCGGCAGCGAAGCCCACGGCCGCCGGCCACCGCGACCUCGACGUCUCUGCACGCGCUGCGAGCACGUUCUAUGCGCUGGCCAACUACCUGGACAAGGAGAGUUCUGCAUCUGAUGCGCGCUACGCGGGCCUGCUUCGCAGCUUCGCAUCCAUCGCCACCGAGGGCGGGCGCGACGAGGAAGAGCAGACACGAGCGCGUCUGAUCGGACUGGGUGCCAUCGCUGGCGCCGUUGGCUCCGACGCCCUGUACUCGACUGCCUUUGCGAAGCAGGUCGGCACAAUCGUGCCCGCCCUGCUGGCCAACGUGACGGAAAAGGCCGCAGUCGACCUUGCCUUCCUGCGCGCGGAGAGCGCCAAGGCAGCCGACGGCACGCAGCUGUUCGCCGAGUACGCAAGCAAGCGCCGCCCGGUCGGCGUCCGCCGCGCACCCAGCCUGUCCGCCGCGGCAGGCGGCGAGAAGGCGCCCGGGCCGCGUGACGCUGCCAGCGCCGCGAUGGGCACGAUGCAGAGCCUGCUCCACCACGGCGACGCCAGCCACGUGCAGGCCAGCAUCGCGUGCGUAGUGUCCCACCUCGACGCCAGCGGCGCGUGGCGCUCGGCGGCAUGGUGCGCGUGGCUCGCCGAGGCGCUGGCCAGCUGGACUGCGCAGCCGUACCGCUUCGUGGUGCUGACGUUCUUCGUCGAGCACCUCGUGGAGGCCGAGACAUCGGCGCAGCCAAAGAAGGCAGACACGCUCGUGCUCAUGAUCUCGACGCUCCUGCGCAGCAAGCUGAGCCUCAUCGGGCUAAGCACCUCGGACACGAUUUCGAACCUGCUCGGCCUCGCGGUGCGCCGCACGCACGCGGCGCCAGACGACGAGCUUCUGCCGGCGCUGAUCGACUGUGUCGGUGCGCUCGGCGCGCACACAUACUACGCCGAUCAGGCAAACGACUGCGCCGACGAGAUCUGUGCUCGCAUCUCGGCGCUGCUGCUGCCCGACACCGAUGUCGCGGAGGCGGCCAAGACCUCGUUCGGCAACGCUUCGCGGCGUCCCAUCAAGACGGGCGACCGCGCCCGCGAUGAGAGCCUGCGCGUGCUGCUGUGCUGCCUGGCCUCGCUCAUCGACUCGGCGAAUGUGCCCAGCCGCAAGAGCGGGGCAGGAGCGAGCGCGCGCCCGCGCAUGUCGCCCGACACGAUGGCGCCGACCUGCGCCCUGCUCGCCUCGCCGAACCCGCGCGUGCGCCUGACGUACCACCAAACCGUGCUCUUCUUCCUGCAGCGCGAGGCGGGACCGGCCUCGGACACCCUGCCGUCUGCCGGCGUUGCGCAGCAAAAGGAAGCGACGGCGUUCCUCCACGCCUGGGCCGCCGGAGCAUUCGUCCUCGCCCUCGCGCGCGGCCUGUCUAUGCCCCAGGGCGCGAGCGAGACGCCGCUGUCUGCGCUGCCCAUCCUCGACCGCAGCAACGCCGAAGGCGUGCGUGGCCCUGCGCCCGAGACGGCGGCGCAGCCGGUAGACUACGCAGGGCUCACUGCCGCAGCAGACGCCAUGGCGCGCUACUUGCCCGUGCCCGCGACGCUGGGCUUGGUACCCGGCCUGCUCGCUCUGGAUCGCGCGGCCGGCAGCCGCCUCAGCCCGCAAGGCGUCGAGGGCCAGAGGCUCUCGGCCGCGCGCGCCUUCGUCGCGGCGACCCUGGCAACAAUGGCGGAGGUCUGGGAGUCCUCUUCGCUUGCGCGCUCUGCAAAGGCAUCGCUUGAGGCCCACAACAUCCUCACCUCGUUCCCUGCUGCCAUGCCGGAGCUCGACGCAGCGCACGACUUUGUGCCCUUCCCGGGCGGCAGUGCCGGAGCCGCGUCCGAGCGCGGCCUGGACGCGCGCACUGUUGCGCAGGCCCUGGCGCAGAGCAGCAAGCUGCAGCGCGAAACCAGCCUCAGCGAGGAAGAGCUGCAGAACUGGCUGCUGCGCGAUUGGAGCGUGCAGAUUGCCGUCGACGACUCGCUCAUUGGCGCGUCGCCCUUCCGCUCGUCGCUGGACGGCGCUGCGGCGCGGCCUUUCGCUGGCGAGCGCGCGGACGGCGGCAGCGACAGCGAGGCUGACAUCGGCGCUCCCCGCGGCGUCGGCGUCGACGACUUCAGAGAAGCGCUUGGCAGCCGCUCGUACGCCAGCAAGCGCCGGACAAAUGGCGAGCUCGGCCACGGCGCGCCGAACGGCAGCAGCAGCGACCCACGAGCCGAGCGGCGCACGAGCCGGCGUGUGAGCCGCAAGGAGGCCAGCGUCCCCGCCGCGGGCGUGCCGGCGCUGCUCGACGACCUGCACGUCGGUGUCGCCGAGGAGAGCGGCGCCGAUGGUGAGCAGCGCCCCACGCUCGUGGCGCCUGCGCUGUCCUGAGAGGGCUGCCCCUGCCCCCAUGCCCCCAUGCCUAUCUACACUCCUUUGCUGCCCUGUGCUUCUCCCGUGCGACAUACCUCUGCAACUAUUUUUUGUGCUGCCUC